UCUGGUGAAUAUCAGCAACUCAACAAAACAAAGUUGGACGCACACUCCACAAAACAAGAGUCCAGUGCUGGAAGAUGGAACAUAAAUAGCCAGUGAAGAGAGCACAGCCUUACACUGAAGGCACCAUGCAAGUCCUUCUCCUCCUCCUUGCAGCCACAGGGCUUUGUUGGGGGCAGUACAACCCCAACACUUACCCUAAGAGAACCUCUAUUGUGCAUCUCUUCGAAUGGCGCUGGCAGGAUAUUGCUCAGGAGUGUGAACGCUACUUAGCUCCUAAUGGAUUUGGAGGUGUUCAGGUUUCACCUCCAAAUGAAAACAUUGUCAUUACUAACCCGAACAGACCCUGGUGGGAAAGAUACCAGCCCAUUAGCUACAAGAUCUGCACUCGAUCAGGAAAUGAACAGGAAUUCAGAGACAUGGUGACCAGAUGCAACAAUGUUGGAGUUCGUAUCUAUGUGGAUGCUGUCGUCAACCAUAUGUGUGGUGCUGGAGGUGGCUCAGGCACACAUUCUACCUGUGGAAGCUAUUUUAAUGCUGGAAAAGAAGAUUUUCCAGCUGUACCAUACUCUGGUUGGGAUUUCAAUGAUGGCAAAUGUCACACUGGAAGUGGAGAAAUUGAAAAUUAUGGUGACAUGUAUCAGAAUGACUGGUAUGGACCCCCAAGUAACUCAGAUGGCUCCACAAAGGCCGUCACAAUCAACCCAGACACGACCUGUGGCAAUGACUGGGUUUGUGAACAUCGCUGGCGUCAAAUCAGGAACAUGGUUAUCUUCCGUAACGUGGUGGAUGGCGAGCCUUUCUCCAACUGGUGGGACAAUGGCAGCAAUCAAGUGGCUUUUGGCCGUGGUAACAAAGGCUUCAUCAUCUUCAAUAAUGAUGACUGGAAUAUGAAUGUCAAUGUACAAACUGGACUGCCCUCUGGUACCUACUGUGAUGUUAUUUCUGGACAAAAGGAGAACAACAAAUGUACUGGAAAGCAGGUGUUUGUUUCUGGUGAUGGAAAGGCUAAUUUCCAGAUUAAUACCAAUGCUGAAGAUCCAUUUAUUGCAAUUCAUGUUGAUGCCAAGUUAUAAUGCAGGAGAAAUAUCCUCCUCUGUUUGGUCUGUGCAUUACUGUUUCCCCCAUAUGUUAUUCCCUGCUUUUUGAGCAUGACUCUCUAUUGAACAAUAAAUGGCAUUCAAACUGAA